AUGACAUCAAGCAUGAGUGUUGGAAAUUGUGCGUUUUCAUGGACUCCCAUGCCUCAUAUCACACUACCCAGUGACAGGUACAGUAUAUAUGACUAUGAAUACGCAUACACUAGCUUUGAUGGUUUUAUUAUUCCAGAUAGUGUAAGAUCCAUUGGCCAAUAUGCAUUUGCUGGAUGUUCAUUUGAUGAAAUUAGAGUUCCAGAAGGUCUUUCAACUCUAUCUUCAAGUGCAUUUCGUGAUACAUGCAUUAAAAAUAUAUAUCUUCCAUCAACAUUAACAUCAAUCAACUCUUAUUGCUUUUAUAAUGCAUCGUGCCUCUUAGUAGAUAUAUCAGAUUCUGUUAACUAUAUUGGAUCAUAUUGCUUUGAUUGUAGCAAUAUUCCUUCGAUUACAAUUCCUAAUUUAGUAACAUAUAUUUAUACAUAUACCUUCGCAAAUAGCAUGUUUCGUCAAAUUCAGCUUUCAAAUUCUAUCACAAGUAUCGAUAGCUAUACAUUUUAUAACGCAUCUGUAUUAGAAAGCAUCGAACUCCCGGAAACACUUGAAUCAAUUGGACAAUACUGUUUCCAAUAUACGACAUUCAAAACAAUUACAAUACCAUCAAAGGUACAAACAAUUUCAUAUGCAAUUUUCCAAAAUUCAUUGCUCGAAACAAUAAAUCUUCCAAGUGGAUUGAUGUACAUCGAAAGCUAUGCAUUUUAUAAUUCUUCUCUGAAAAAUGCAGAAAUGCCAGCAGGUCUUGUAUAUAUUAAUGAAUAUGCAUUUUAUAAUACAUCCCUCUCUUAUUUAAAUCUUAAAGAAAACUUUACAACAUUAUAUUCAUAUGCAUUACAUUCUAGUAACAUUUCAAAAAUAACAUUUCCUCAUUCAAUUAGAAAUAUUAAUUCAUAUGCAUUUCAGAAUACAUCAAUUCCAAACAUCACAAUUCCCGAGGGUUUAACAAAUCUUGAUGAUCAUGCAUUCUGCAAUAGCAUAAUUUCUUACAUGGAUCUUCCAUCUUCACUUCAAACAAUUGGGAGCAAUGCAUUUCAGAAUUGUUCAUUAAAGAGCCUUGCUUUGAAGGAAGGAUUAACAACAAUAUCUGAUUACGCCUUUUACAAUAGUAGCAUCACAAAAAUCAACAUCCCAUCAUCUGUUCAAGUUAUUGGAAGCUACUCAUUCUAUAACGCUCCUAUCAAGUCUCUUAUUUUCCCAGAAACAUUAAAUAGUGCAUUGAUUGGACAGUAUUGUUUUGCGUUCCUUAAACUGGUAAACAUCUCAAUUCCAAACGGAACCAUAUCAAUUGAUCAGCAUUCAUUCCGAGGAGUUAACACAAGUAAUAUUACUCUUCCAACUUCUUUAGUUAACGUUGGAAAUUGGUCAUUCACAGAUGCAUUCUCAGAUGAAUUAGUUAUUCCGAAGAACACUUAUAUUAUAAGAGAGUAUUCUUUUGCAUCCAGCAAUAUCAAAAAGAUUGAUUUAUCUUAUACAAUAAUGAGUAUAGGAGUUGGGGCUUUCAUGUCAUCAAUUAUAAAUGAGACAUUUAUCCCAAACAAUACAUUUGUCGAUCAUAAUGCUUUCGAAGAUUGUACUGAGUUGACUUAUGUUAAUAUCAGUCAGAAAAGCAUAAUCAACUAUGGAGUGUUUACUAAUUGUUACCCAAUAAGAAACAUUACAACAAAUGAUGAUAUAAAGUUUGAAGGUUUUGCAUUCUUCAAUGUAUCUAAUAAUGUCACAAUUGUUCAUUUUGGACUUCAUGACAUGCGAUUAUCAAUGACUAAGAAUAAUCUCAAUCCAAUUAUUAAUAUUUCAUAUGUAAUGUGUUGCUACAGAUCUCCAAAGUUCUGUCAUCACAAACCAUUAAACUACACUUCAUAUGAAGGAAUCUUCAAUUGUUUCUCAUAUAAUAAGCCAGUAUACAGAACAAAUUAUGCAAUACUGGCGUCUAUGUAUCUUUCAAGGGUAGACGAAGAUUAA